AUGCCUGAUAUUUCCUACAUCACUAUGCGACUGGGAGUACGAGUAGGAGGCAGAGUCAUAGAAGCUGGUACUGGAAGUGGGAGUAUGACACAUAGUAUGUCAAGGACUGUUGGAGAUUCAGGUCAGGUAUACUCAUUUGAGUACCAUGAGCCGAGAUACGAAAAGGCAUUGGAGGAAUUUGAAUUGCACGGACUUGACAACGUGAAAUUGCAGCAUCUCAAUGUGUGUAAAGACGGUUUUGGAGAUGCUACCGGUAUCGAAGCAGUGUUUCUCGAUCUGCCUGCUCCCUGGGAAGCCAUUCCUCACGCCAUGAAGACAUUACGGCCUGAUAUCACCACCAAAAUAUGCUGCUUCAGUCCUUGUUUGGAACAAGUAUUAAAGACGGUGUCGACUUUACGAGCCGAGGGGUUUGCCGACAUAUACACACAGGAAGUGCUUCUCCGUACUCACGAACUUGCACCUCCGCCUCCAUCUGAUUCUUCUCAUCUUGGUAACGUCUCAUCGAUUGUGAACAGACUGAAAGCCCACGAGAGACGAAAGGAAGAGCGAAGAGCGGUGCAGAUGAGAAGCGCCAGAGAAAAGAUCAGAAAGCAGAAAGAGGGGGAAAGUGCAAAAGCCUCAACUUCGACGAAAGAGAGCACAGAACUCGGCUCAAAGCGGAAGCUGGAUGAUGAGGGAGCACCUAACAACGGACCAUCGUUGGCUUCAGUCGUUGACGAAGGGUCUGAAAGCACGAUACCGGUUGUGGAAACCGACGGUACAUCAACGAGAUGGUCAGAACCUGAAACACAGCUGGAAGAUGUAGUACUCACGAAACCAACAGCUGAAAUGAAAGGACAUACAUCUUACCUCACAUUCGCUUCGUACUACCCCGAGUCCAUAAGAGCAGCUAUUGCCGCUCAAGAGACGGGCAAAUCUGCCGCUGCAAUACCAAGACUUGCUGAACUGGUAGCAGAGGGCAUGUUCAGAGCUGGCAGUGAGGAAACGGAAUAUGGCAGUGAGGGUUUGGAUGAAGUGAUAGGUACAUUGACUGAAGAGGAGAUGAUCGCUCUUGCAGAUAAAUAA